AUGACACUUUUAAAUAUCAAACCCAUUGCUUGGGCAUACUCUAUGAUAACAUUAGGGACUGAAAUGCUAAAUUCUACCUUCAGGUUCUACUAUGUAAAACUUUUUCUACAUCUGUACAAGAUUUCAGAAAUGGCCUUUUAUCAAGCCCAGAUAAUUUUAAUGAUCUGGAAUAUUCUUAAUAACCUGACUGCGUAUUUUCAUGACAACUCUAAGGCCGAAUGCUGUUCAAAUCGUCAUGUUUCUAUCUUGUAUGGUGCCCCUUUAUAUGCAAUGUCUUUCCUGCUUCCUUGGUUCCCUUGGAAAUACUAUCAAGAAGGUGACUGGCUUAGUGGAUUUCACCUGGUGGUGUCAUUAUGUGCUUUUGAUAGCACGCUUACCUGUGUUCAGCAAGCCCAAUGUACAUUGUUUGCAGAGAUUCUCACUAGACAUGAAAGUAGGCUUCAGCUUAUUAAAAUUAACCAAGUGGCAUCACUGGUAGCAUCUACCAGUGUCCUCUUCUGUGGCCUCAUCUCUAAGAAUGUGGAAAUUUUGCCCCAUUUUCAGGCUGUUGCUAUUGUCAUUGCCUUUCUUGCUGCUGUCAGCCUUUACACUGGCAUGUACCACAUGAGACAUUUUGAACUGAAAAGGAGCCCUGAGGAAAACCUCUUGGAAAGCGAAGAGGAUCUUGCCUGGGCCUCUAUCAUCUUAUCCGUGAGACAACUCUUGUCCCAGAAAAACUGUUACCUCUUUCUGAUGAUGAAUUUCUUCCAAGUCUUUCAUUUAACCUUCCUCACCAACUUCAUGAUGAUCUUUGCAGAUGAUCUCAUUCCCAGGGACGUGCUGCCUUCUUCCCUGAGGAGCAUCAUGUAUGGGGCAGGUUUUAUUUGCCCACAGUGCCUGGUACUAAUACUUACCAGUCAGUCCUGGCUGAAGAAGUUUGGUUACUAUAGGAUUAUCUUAAUGUCUUUCUACCUAGAAGGAACAGCUUCCGUCGUCAUGUUACUUCUGGGACGGCAAUACUAUUACUGUUUGGCUGUUUAUCUCACUAUUAUCAUGGUGAUUGUGCAAGCUUCUUUUUCCUUGUUUAACCUGCCACUAGCUGACAUGGUUGAUGCAGAUUUACUAAAGUUCAAUCGGCAGUCAUCUCUUCCCUCCAUGGUUUUUGGCAUCAAUGCUUUGUUUACCAAACCUGCUCAGUCUUUGGCUCCCAUCAUGAUACUCUUCAGACUAAACCAGUAUGGAUAUGGGAACUCAAACAGCAGGACCCUUUCAGAUCUUCAUGAUGCUAUGUUUGGUUUGAUUUGCCUGAUCCCACUGGGCAUUUCGAUAAUUCAGAUUCUGGUGUGGAAUCCAUUCUCAAUCAGAAACAAGACCGACUACACAGAAACUUUGUGA